UGAUGCAUACAUAAUUGAUGAAAGUAAAAUGUAUGCAAAAUAUGUAAAAUUAAGCAUAAUCCAAGGAUAGGUACACGUACAUGUAACAAACGUUCGUGUUACGUAAAGUUUUAGAGUGUAAAUAAUAAAAAAGUAGUCAACAAUUGUCAAAGUAUAGAAAUUUAAAUAUUAUCAGUAAAAAUUUGUUGUUUAAUAAUGAUCGAUCGAGUUGUUCGCGCACUUGGAAAACGGAUAUGUUUUAAAAAUGUAUUACAACAGACAAAACGGCGUUAUAAUAGUACAAACACCAGCAUUGGAGCUGGUACUAUGACUACUACAAAGGAGCCCUGCUACCUAGGCGUCCAAACUAUUUUUACAGACGAACUUAAAUUUGUUAAUAAAGAAAACUAUGAUCCUUUACCAAUAUUUAGGGUUUUAAAUUCGUCUAAAUGUGUACAGCUACCUAAAGAACACAAGUUAGAUGAACAAACUUUGAUUAAGAUGUAUUAUAAAAUGCUUACUCUGAGCAUAAUGGAUAAAAUCCUCUAUGAAUCUCAAAGACAAGGACGUAUAUCGUUUUAUAUGACUAACACUGGGGAAGAAGCAAUACAAAUUGGUUCUGCUGCUGCUAUUACAUUGGAAGAUAUUAUAUACGCGCAAUACCGUGAAGCUGGUGUUUUGUUGUGGCGUGGUUAUCCUAUCGCGAAAUUUAUGAAUCAAUGUUAUGGUAAUCACAAAGACAGUGGAAAAGGAAGACAAAUGCCUAUCCAUUAUGGGUCAAAAAAAUUAAACUUUGUUACCAUUUCUUCUCCUUUAACAACUCAAUUACCACAAGCUGUAGGUACAGCAUAUGCACUCAAACGAUCUAAAAAGAAAGCAUGUGUUGUAUGUUACUUUGGGGAAGGAGCAGCUAGUGAAGGAGACGCUCAUGCUGCCUUUAAUUUUGCUGCAACUUUGGAAUGUCCAAUUAUUUUUGUGUGUCGAAAUAAUGGUUAUGCCAUCUCAACUCCUUCUCUGGAACAACAUAAAGGGGAUGGGAUUGCCGCGAGGGGUCCAGCUUACGGAAUACGUACAACUCGCGUAGAUGGGAAUGAUAUUCUUGCCAUGUAUUAUGCAACAAAAGCUGCUCACGAAUUUGCUAUCAAUGAAGGAAAACCUAUUUUAAUCGAAGCUAUGAGUUACAGAAUUGGCCACCACAGUACUUCUGACGAUAGCACUGCAUAUAGAUCAACAGAAGAAAUAGCUUCCUGGAAUCAGUAUACCCCAAUAAUGAAAUUUCGUGAUUAUUUGGAAUCAAUAGAUCUUUGGUCAGAACAGCAAGAACAAGAAUCAAAAGAAUCCAUAAAAAAAUCCAUAUUAGUUGCAUUUGCAGAUGCAGAAAAAGAACUUAAACCAUGUUGGAAAGAAUUAUUCACGGAUGUGUAUCGUACAAUGCCAAAACAUAUACAAAAGCAACUGAGCAUCAUGGAAAACCAUGUUACAGAGUUCCAUGAACAUUAUCCACUACAUCUUUUCAAAUCAACUUAAUAAUCCAGAAUAACAAUAAUAACUGCAUCAAUUAUAUUUAAUUUAUUGAUGUGAAUUCAAUAAUAUUUACCAAUCUAUGCCAAUACUUUGUAUUUUUUGUAUUCUUUCGUAAUAAAAUGUUUACACACAACU